AUGGGCCGCUACUGCACUGUAACCGAUAUGUUUCAUCAAUCUCCCGUGCUCCUAUGGGGUGGUAAGAAGGGUCCGUCGUCAAGACAAGACGUGAGACGAGAGCAACCAUCGUCAUUCCCUUCAAAUGCAUCUCAAAAAUUCACAAUGCAAGUUGCGCAAUCAGUGUUAGGUGGUUCUAAUACUGUCAUUGCCGUGACAUCUACUCCGUCACCGAUCAGUGCCGCAUCUUUUCCUGCGCAGACAGUUCAAAGCGAUAUAGUCGGUGAUGCGGUACCACGACCAUCGACAUCAGCUCCACCAGUAUCUACUAUAAUACCGCCGUCUAAGGAGGUCGAAAGAAGUGCUCCACCUGAACUAUUGGCAGAAGAAAUAAAAACUGUAGAAGCACCGAAAUUAUUAGAAAGAAAUGAUUCGAUUGUAUCAGCUGAACCACAAGAUGAACGAAUUGAACAAGAUAACAAGCAGAAGGAAUUUCAACGAAAUGCUGAAAUGGUGAUACCUGUUAUUACAAAAGAUAGUACGGAAAGGGAUGUAGGAACCACUAUUAUAAUAGAAAGUGAACUUGCGAAACAAGAGCAAUGUCAAGAAGAUGAUGAAGAGGAUGAAGAAGACGAAGAACGUCAGAAACAGCAAUCACUGCAGCGAGUAGACACGAAUGAUACCAUUCUUCCACUUCCAAUGCAGGGUCAUUCUGUUGUUGAAAUAGUGCACGAAGAAGAGACCGAAAAAGAUGAGAAACUUUCUGAAAUAGAGGAAAGUCCUGAGGCAAUGCGAACGAGAAAAAAACAAGAAUAUAUUGCUAAACAGAAGGAGAUGUUACAGAACGAACACAAUGUUCAAUUGAAUGAGCGCAUAUACGGUCAUGAUUAUUUGCUUUUGAUACGUGACAUAGUGAAAGAUAUAUUCUUGGAUUCCGUAUUGCCUGUAAAAGUAUUCGACUUGAAAGAUCUUGGUAUCGAUAUUGCUUCGGCGCCUGCCAAUGGCACCAUCGGUGACCGCCAGCGUCGUUUCGAUAAUGCAGCAGGUGCCGGUGCUCGAUUCAUACCGGGUUGGGUGGAUAAAAGUCAAUCAAAACCAAAAGCGUAUCACGGAAGACUCAGCGAUCGGACACAUUCAAAUCAGCGUGAACGCGAUCGGAAAAGGCCAGCGGUGAGUCGGCCAUCAAUUGAUCGGCCCAAUCGUGAACCGGUUAAGUUGCAUAAAGCUGAGAAUGCAUGGAAGCCAGAACGAAAUAUAGAUGCUAAUCAGAAAUUGUACAAAAAUGUUCGCAGUUUAUUAAAUAAAUUAACGCCAUCAACAUUCGAAGAGCUUUCACGGGAUUUCUUGCGCUUUGAAGUGUAUAAGAACAAAGAACAAAUGGGUGAAGUGAUCAACAUUAUUUUCGAUAAGGCUGUUGAGGAACCGAAUUUCUGUGCUCUCUAUAGUGAUCUUUGUAAAAUGCAAGUGGUGAAAGAAUCGAAAGAAUCAAAAGAUAAAUCGAAAUUUCGAAGUGCGUUAUUGACUCGAUGCCAGAAUACUUUCGAAGAGAAGCGAAUGUCUGAAAUCAACAAUAAGAAAACUGAAAUGGAAAAAGAAACUGAUGAGAGAAAAAAACGAGAAUUAAAAAUAGAAUUGAUGGAAAUGGAAGCACGAGAACGGCGGCGAAUGUUAGGCAAUAUAGGUUUUAUUGGACAACUAUUUAGACAUGAAUUGAUAGUACCACGGAUAUUAAAUUGGUGCAUAGUGCAUUUGCUCAAAAAUCACAGUGAAUCGCCGGAUGGUGAUGAAGAAAGUAUAGAAUGUGCGGUCAAAAUGCUUGAAUCGGUAGGCAAGCUGGCUGAUCGUCAGUGUCAGCAGCAGCAACAAGGAAGCUAUCAAUUGGGAUCAUCGGAUCCACAUGCACAUAGUGCACCUCAGGAUCAUCCUCAAGAAGCACAGAAACACGAAGAAUUCAAUACGAACCUUUAUUUUGAACAUCUUAAAGAAGUUUCGACAAAAGUGUCAAAUCGCGUCCGCUUUUUGAUCCUCAAUCUUAUCGAACUGAGAAAUAAUAAAUGGGUACCGCGGACGUCUGAAAGUGGACCAAAGACUCUAGAAGAAGUACAUGAUGAGGCACGGAGGGAAGAAAUGGCAAAUAGGUUACAGCGUGAGCAAUAUGCCAAUAAAAAACGAUAUGAGGGUCGAACCUCUUUGGAUAAGCGAAGCCAAAGACCAGUAUUGAUUGGAAGGCAGUCGCAAGAUGGUCGUCAAUACGGACCGAGAGUUGGUGAGCCAAAUCGCGAUCAGAAAGCACGAGCUGCCGGAGCUGCUAACCUUGUCGCUAAUACUGCCAGCAGGAAAAAUCAAACACUGAAUAGCGUUGAUCAGCCACAGUCACUUGGUGCACGCCGACCUCCAUUUGCAGGUGGUGCAAUUGGCGGAGGUCAACAAAUGGACAGGAAUAUAUUAUCUCGUGGUACGCUUGGUCGUGGAGCGGGUCGUGGCUCGCUAGCUUCUAGAGAUAACUCUCAACCGUCUAGUCGAGAACCGUCAGAAUCUAGGAAGUCUAGAGACGACGAACGCAGUGCAGCCAUCGCAGCAGCAAGCGCUGUAACGCAUAGUGCAAGUGUUAACGCAUUAAAGCGUGGAUAUGCGGGUAUAACAGCCGGUGGUUCAUCACCACCUCUAUUAACUGUGGAUGAUGAAAAAAAAGAUGGGAACCAAGUUAACAGAAGAAAUGAAUUGGAUGAGAAGGAAAUAUUUGGAUCACUGUGCCGAGAAUUGCAUGAUUAUUUUGCAGAUGGCACAAAUAUUGAGCUGCUAUUCCAAUCAAUCAUGGAAAUAAUGAUCGAUGAGAGGACAAUGAAUAUGGAUCUGCGUCGUGUUCGACAAGCAUUUCGAUUGUUGAUGAAGAUAGGUGUUGAAAAAACUAGUGGAGAUAUUCGAAAUCCACGGAGGCGAUAUGUUGGUCAGGUGAUAUGUAGGUGUUUGCAACUACCUGACAUCAAAACACAUGCUCUUCGAGGGGUUGCAGAUUACUGCACACAAGUAGUGGAAAUGGAACUAUGGGAAGAUAACAUGAGGAUAUGGGAAUGUGUAGCGGAGGUGAUAAGUUGGUCAAUAAUGUGUGAAGUGCAACAUUUUGAAGGCCCUCGACCAUCACUGGGAGAUUUUAAGGAAGCAUUUAAGAAUGCUGAUGCUGAUUCAAGGAAGCCAGACGCCCUUCUUGUUAAUGUGCUCAAACGACUCGUGGAAAUAGAGCAUGAUCGCGACGGGCAGGUAUCAUCGACAGGAAUGGCAUUUGAUGAAAUUAAGGAUUUACAUUCGGAUUCGCUGGUGGAUGAGCUCAAAUCAUGUCAGUUAUCAUUUGGCAAAAAUCUCUACCAAUUAUUGCUCAACUAG